ACAAACAGCUGUUUGCUCACAUUUGUCUAUCUAAUUUUUUGAUAUUUUUUUGUGUGACCUGAAAUAAACAAUUUCAAAUUUUAUAAUUUUAGCAAUUUCGCUAUGAAUUUAUUGCCUAAAUCACAUGAAGAGUUCGCGCAGCCGGAAUACUGGAAUUCAUUCUUUACAAAACGCGGAGAGAAGUCUUUUGAAUGGUAUGGCGAGUACUUGGAAUUAUGCGAGCAUAUACACAAAUAUGUAAAAAACACCGACCAAAUACUAAUGCUUGGUUGCGGUAAUUCUCAACUCAGCAUGGAUAUGUACGACUCAGGUUAUAGAAAUAUCACAAACAUCGAUAUAUCAACGGUGGCGAUACGAAAAAUGUUGGAAUUGAAUGAGCGUAAGCGCGCAAGUAUGAAAUUCUUGCAAAUGGAUGCCACACAAAUGACAUUUGAUGAUGAGUACUUCUCAGUAGCACUAGAUAAAGGCACCUUGGAUGCGCUCUUUGUCGAUGAUACAGCCGAGGUACAUGCAACAGUGGAGCGCUAUUUCAAUGAAAUUAAGCGUACAAUGCGCAAUGGUGGACGUUACUUAUGCAUAACACUUUUACAAGAACACAUUUUGAGUUAUAUUUUAAAUUACUUUCCCCGUAAUGGUUUUAUGUUGCGCGUGGUACAUUGUGCCGAUGCUGACCGAGCGAAUCAGGAAAAGAAUGCUGAUAAUCCAGAUGUUGUGACAAUGCCAGUUUUCAUUGUUGUUGCUACCAAAUUUAAAGCAUUACCAAUGCCAAUUCUAGAGUUUAGUUUGGGUAAAGACAAAAUGCAACGUUUACAAACCGCUGAGGAGCUUGUAAAUGCAGUAGUUACGGUGCAAAAGGCAGCGUUGAUUUGCAAUGGCCUUGCGCGUACAAAUAUUGCAGGUCACAACGAGGUUGUCAUGGACUUAUGCCAACCGGGCGAAUCCAUUCCUCGCUACACAGUACACGUAUUGGAUCAAGCACCAGCAAGAGGAUUGGGUAAAUUUGCGGCGUUUAUUGUACCUCAGGGCAGAGAAAUCGAAUGGCUUUUUGCCACAACUCAGGGACGUAAGAAGUUACAAAAUUCAGCGAAAUUCCAACGUCUGGCUGUAGUGACGCUUCAUCGUGAUCAGCAAUAUUUAUCUUUGGAUAGUGUUAAACGCGAAUUGGGGGACAGCAUAAAGUGUCUUGCUCCUAUGGGAUUAACAGAACAGAUACCUUUCCUUUCAUUGGGCGCCGAUGUUGGCAAGCGUGAAACUUUGGUAAGCGGGCUAUCAAAAAUAUCCGGCGAAUUCCGCAUUGAAGAAGUGGAAGGAAACGAAGGAAAAGUGUUCCGACGUUUGAUCUUCCUGAAUAAUCAAUUUGUAGUACAAUCGGAAGCGUUAGUGAAAACGAUUAAAUUAAAGGGUAAAAAGGAACGUAAAAAAAUUGAUUUCGGUUAUUUGGCCUGUCAGCAUCAUCUAUACAUGUCCGCUGGUGUACAUUUGGCAACUGGUCCAAAACCCAACGCCAGUGAGUUUAAGGACGUGGUAGUGGUAGGUUUGGGUGGAGGUGGCCUUUGCAGUUUUCUGCACUCCGCUUUGCCCGAUAUACGCCUUACUGCUGUGGAAAUAGACCCUAUUAUGCUGGAGGUUGCUGAGCAGUAUUUCGAAUUAAAGCAGGAUAAACACUUUCAUGUAGUUAUCGAUGAUGGUUUGUCGUUUUUAGAUGUUUGCAAAAAAGAAGAAAUAAAAUUCAACGCAGUGUUAUUUGACGUUGACAGCAAAGAUCUUUCACUCGGCAUGAGUUGUCCGCCCAAAAGCUUUCUUGAACCGGCCGUACUCGACAACAUCAAAUAUAUUAUUGGUGACAAAGGUCUAUUUGUAUUAAAUUUGGUGUGUCGCGACGAAGCGCUUCGAGAUGAAGCUUUACAACAACUGCGCGCUGCCUUCAAAGCUGUUUGCAGUUAUAAAUUGGAUGAGGACAUUAAUGAAGUUAUUUAUUGUUCGAAUAGUGAAAAGUACAAAAGCAUAGCAGAGUGGAAGAAAGAUUUGGGAGCGGCAGCGAGACGUUUGAAUAACUCGGCGAAAGAGCAGAAGUUACAAAAGGAUGAUAUGUUGGAAGUCACAGAGUUUAUAAAUGAAUUAAAUAUUUAAAAGAAAUGUGUACCUCUUCACUAAUCGUUUAUCUAUUGAUGACUAAAGUUGUUUGAAUAGUACCGAAACUGAAA